AUGGAGCUGUCAGCGUACGUGAUAUAUAGACAGGCCACACCAGGCGACUGCAACAGUCAUACGGUUUCGAUUCUCUGGCUUCGCGAACACCAUCUCGUCAUCGAUGAUGCUGUCGACCUCUAUCCCGGUUACUUUCCGCCCGCUCUCUUUCCUGCGUCUCCCUCCUCGCUUCGUUCCAAAGAUGAAGGUGGUAGGCGUACAUAUCGCGUGAAUAUGCUGCGAUGGCCUCCUGCACCUCUGCCUUCGUUAGCCUUUCAGAUUGAGGCAUCUCAUAAGAAGGCAUCCUGGAGUAUUUGGUGA